AUGAAAGUGAGGGUUGUGUGCAGGAAAAUUUACGACUACGUACGCCAUGAUCUCAAAGAAAUCGCUUUCCCCUCUUCUUUGCCAGACCCUCCUCACAUAAAAAAGCGCCGCAAAUUGACUUGGGAUGAGCGUAUCUGGGUUUUGAAGCGAGCUUCCAGGCUUUAUGCCGCAAGCUGGGUUCGUGAUAUUGGUCCUGACCUUCGGCCAGAUGAUUAUAAGAAGGAUGACAUGACCGAUGAAACAAAUGCUGAAAAGAGAACAACUAAAGGAAAAGAACCCUCAACACUAGAGGAUCUUGCUGUAGCUGCUAGAGGAGGGAUGGAGACCCUCAGACCUGCUCUGCAGCGUGUUUACAUGACCAGAGCAUCUGCAUACAGAGAUGCUCUUAAAAGUUUCGUAGAAGGGUACCAAGAGGGUGUUCAGCAAGUGAUGGAGAAGAAGGAAGAUUCCAAAACGCAAGAAGAUGGCGAUCUACCCCCCAAAAAAACAAGUUGA